CAUAUAUUAACACAUAUAUAUAGAUGAUAAACACACACAACCUUCUUCGUGAAAACAACUAGAAGUUGUAAUCCAACACAAACAAACAUACCCAUUCAAUCACCAUGACCAUCUCUUCCAACAAAACAUCCAUCUACCUACUCUUUCUUCUUCUUGCACUACUUCCUACCAUGGUAACACCACAAUGCAACAUGGAAGACAAUAGCUAUAACAACACCAACAUACACGAGUCCCUAAAAUACAAAAUAGUCGCAAUCCUAACCAUCCUUUUAGCCGGAGGAAUCGGCGUAAGCAUCCCUCAACUAGGCAAUAAAGUAGAAGCUCUAAACCCGGACAACGACAUCUUUUUCAUGAUCAAAGCAUUCGCGGCGGGUGUGAUCCUAGGAACUGGUUUUAUCCACAUAUUACCGGAUGCUUUCGACCAUCUGGCGUCCCCUUGUCUUCCUAACAGCCCGUGGGGUAAGUUCCCGUUCGCAGGAUUUAUCGCCAUGAGCUGCGCCAUCGGGGCCCUUAUGUUGGACACCUUUGCCACCAGCUUUUAUACAAAGAUGCACUUCAACAAGCAAAAGACCAAACAAGUUAUGGAUGUGGAGACUCAUAGUCAUAGUCAUAGUGAUGAUCAUGUUGUUGAUGAUCAUGCUGGUCAUGUUCAUGUCCAUGCACAUGCCACCGAUGGCCAUGCUCAUGGCUCCGUUUUAUCAUCUCAUGAAUAUCAACUCAUGAGGCAUCGUAUCAUAUCACAAGUUUUGGAGCUUGGAAUAAUCGUUCACUCGGUUAUAAUCGGACUCUCGUUGGGCGCUUCGCAACAUAUAUCCACCAUAAAGUCUUUACUUGCAGCCUUGUCAUUUCAUCAGUUUUUUGAAGGCAUGGGACUUGGUGGAUGCAUCUCUCAGGCAAAAUAUAAAUCUUUGGCAACGGCAAUAAUGGCGAUAUUUUUCUCGCUGACGACGCCAGUAGGAAUUGCGAUAGGCAUCGGAAUAUCGAAAAUUUACAGGGAAGAGAGCACAACAUCUCUAAUAGUGGAAGGAGUCUUGAAUUCUUGUUCAGCUGGGAUACUGAUUUACAUGGCACUUGUGGACCUGCUGGCUGCAGACUUCAUGAACCCAAGGAUGCAGAGUAAUUUGAGGCUUCAGUUAGGGGCAAAUGUGUCACUUCUUUUAGGGGCUGGGUGUAUGUCUUUUUUGGCUAUAUGGGCUUAAUUAAUUAAUUAAUUAAUUAAGAUUAGAUUGACUAAAUUCCCAUUUUUAAUUUUGAUAUAUUAUGGAAUUGUUCAAAGCAACAUGUAAAAAAGGCAAGCAAGUGAGUAGGUUCAUUCAAGUAGCAUCCAGCAUUUGAAGUGGAGGACAUUGGAAUCAAAUUAUGUAAACAAAGCAUUUACUCUUUUGACCAAAUAUCAUUUUAAUUAA